AUGGAUAUUUCAGAUGAUGAGGAAGAUUCUGCUCACUGUCGGGUUACAAAUUACUACUUCUUAGAUGAUGAGGAGCAGCCUGUUUCAUUCUCGGUUCUGCCCGUUCAAUGGAGUGAAGGUGAGAAUAAGGAUGGGGAGGAAAAGGUUAUAUUCUUGGAUGGAACUGCUGACAACGGGCUUCAAAAGAUAUACAAGCAUGUCAAAGCAUGGAGAUUUGACCUUUGCGGAGUGAAACCUGAGAUAUCAGUGCUAACCAAGGAAGAUUCUUGGGUUAAGCUUCAAAAGCCAAAGAAAAGCUAUGAGGAUUUAAUCAGAACAGUUCUGAUAACUGUCCAUUCCCUUAGUUUACUAAAGUCUAAUCCAGAAAUGCCAGGAAAAUCUCUUUGGGAUAAUUUAUCCAGGGCAUUUAGUUUGUAUGAGCCAACGCCAUCACAAAAUGACUUGAUUGACCACAUGGAUCUAAUCAGUGAAGCGGUUAAACGAGAUGAUUCUUUAGCAAAGUCCAAGUUUCUACUCCGAUUUCUUGAGGAGAAGCCCAAAAAAAAUAAACUGCUGGAUCAGGUUCCAAGUAGAGACACAUCCGAGUUCAUAGUUGAUGAUAUAGAUGAGGGGCAAACUGAAGAUGUCGAGGAUGAUGGUUCUGAUGAUGAGGAUUAUUUUGAUACUGUUUGUGCAAUAUGCGAUAAUGGUGGAAAUAUCCUAUGUUGUGAUGGAAAGUGUAUGCGUUCGUUUCAUGCUUUUAAGGAGGCUGGUGAAGAAUCUCUCUGUGAGUCCCUUGGCUUUUCCAAUAAGGACGUGAAGGAAAUGCAAAGUUUCUUAUGCAAGAAUUGUCAAUAUGAUCAGCAUCAAUGUUUUGCUUGUGGGAAGCUAGGCUUCUCUGGUAAAUCUUCUGCUACAGAGGUCUUCCGCUGUGUUGCUGCCACCUGUGGCUAUUUUUACCAUCCCCGUUGUGUUGCAAAAUUGCUCCAUCCAGGGAAUAAAAUUGAUGCAGAAGAACUUGAGAAAAGUAUUGCUGGAGGGCAAUCAUUCACAUGCCCUAUUCAUAAGUGCUGUGUUUGUAAAAAAAUUGAGGAUAAGAAGAAUGAGGAGUUGCAGCUUGCUGUAUGCAGGCGUUGUCCCAAAUCAUACCAUAGGAAAUGCUUGCCACGGGAGAUUUCUUUUGACGAUGUAGAGGAGGAAGGCAUAUAUACAAGGGCAUGGGAUGGUCUAUUGCUCAACCGUAUACUCAUAUAUUGCUUGGAUCAUAAGAUUGAUGAUUCACUUCUAACACCAAUAAGAGAUCACAUAAAAUUUCCUGGUAUUGAAGAGAAUGAAAAAAGGGCACCAGAGUUGCCUGUGCACAAGGGUACAACUGGACUGAAGAAGAGAUAUCUUACCUCAGAUGACUCUUCUCAGGGAAAAACAGUUCUGAAAGCACCUAAACAGUUGGGUUCUGCGAAGGGUGAGGCUUCAGAGCAUGAAAAAUUUUCUUCUUCUCGAGAUACCCAAAGGAGAAUGAAAGUAUCCAACGCACCAAGAAAGCCAAUGAUGAAAGUCAUGAAGACUACUGUGAUGGACGUGAAUAAGUCCUCUGCAACUAAUGAAGACAAAGUAUCCCUGGGCAAGAGGCUAUAUGAAUUUAUGAACCAUGGCUCUGACCAAGCAAAGAUUGGGAGAAGGGAUACAGCUGAUAGCAAACAUGGUAAGAAUAAAAUUCUCAAGCCUGCAACAAAGAAGCUAAGCAUUGAGCCUCUUUCAAUUGAUGCUGGCACAGAAAGGAGACUACUAGCACUAAUGAAAGAGGCAGCAUCCUCUGUAACUCUAGAAGAGAUUAUUCAAAAGCACAAAGUUCCAUCAACGCAUGCGCACUCGUUAAAACAUUUCGUAGAGAAGACUACUACACUGGGAAGGAUAGAGGGCUCCGUUGAGGCGGUUCGAGCAGCUUUACAGAAAAUAGUUAAAGGAAAUAGUAUUGAAGAUGCAAAAGCUGUUUGCGACCCGGAGAUGCUAAACCAGAUAUUUAAAUGGAAGGAUAAACUUGCAGUGUACCUUGCACCUUUUCUUAAUGGGAUGCGUUACACAUCCUUUGGCCGUCAUUUCACUAAAGUGGAGAAGCUACAAGAGGUGGUUGAUAAGCUACACUGGUAUGUUCAAGAUGGUGAUAUGAUAGUUGACUUCUGUUGUGGGGCAAACGAUUUUAGUUGUCUAAUGAAAGAGAAGCUCGAAGAGACAGGGAAAAGAUGUUCCUACAAAAAUUAUGAUUUGUUUGAAGCCAAGAAUAGUUUUAAUUUUGAGCAGAGAGAUUGGUUUACUGUCAAAAAAGAAGAGUUGCAACCAGGGUCGAAAUUGAUCAUUGGGCUAAAUCCUCCUUUUGGAGUUAAAGCAGCUUUGGCAAAUAAAUUUAUCAAUAGGGCCAUUGAAUUUGAUCCAAAGCUCAUUGUUCUUAUUGUUCCGCCAGAAACUGAAAGAUUAGAUCAGAAGAAGUCAUCUUACAGACUUGUUUGGGAGGAUAAUCAGUCUUUGUCAGGAAAGUCAUUCUACCUGCCUGGGUCCAUUGACCAAAAUGACAAACAACUGGAGCAGUGGAAUUUGGUUGCACCACCACUUUCUCUUUGGAGCCGUUCUGAUUGGGUUGCAAAACACAAGGAAAUAGCUCAAAAGCAUGGCCACUUGUUCACACCACAUGUAGAGGACAGAAGCAAUGAAAUUAAUGUCCCUGCUCAUGCAAUGAGUGAUUGUGCUGAUCUGGACAAUAUUUCUGCAGUGAUUGAUGAUAUUGCUGUGCAGAAGGAUGAGAAAGAGGAAACUAGACAGAGAGUAGGCACACCAAAAGGAAAUAAAGAAAACUUUCGCAUUGACAGAAGUGAGAGCAUGCCAAAAGGGGAUAGAAAAAACUCCUACCUAGACAGACGGGAGGAAGCGUCAAAAAGGGAUAGAGAAAACUCGUGCCUUGACAGACGGGAGGAUACACCAACAGGGGAUAGAGAAAACUUCCGGCUUGACAGAUCGGAGAGCAUAUCAAGAGGGGACAAAGAAAAGUCUGGCCUUGAUGGACACAUGGCAUCGAGGAAGAGGAAGUAUGGGGAAAGAUAUACAAAAAUAGAUGAUAAUCCAUGUGUAGGUGCAGACCCUACUCUAACUGAGAAAUAUAAAGGAGCUUCUCGCCAUUCUCCAUUCACUUCAGCAGAUGAAAAAUCCACAUUAAGAGGUACUUCGCCUAAUAAACACUUUGAAUCAAUGGACAAACUGAGUGCAGAUGAUUUUGGCAGAAGGCGUGGUGAAAACCUUGAACAAGAGUUUACAGCCCACUUGGGAGAUGACAUAGGUAGCCUUGACCGAAGGCCCUACAACAAUGUAGGGAGGGAAUUUAAUUUGCCUUCACCAAUUCCCCUUUGUAGGCAAGAUCCUGAUGUUUUCACUCAAAGAAAUCACAUGUCAGGGCAUGAUCCUGGAUAUGGUCAUACGGGACAGAGGCAUGAUCCUAGAUUCAGCCAAAUGGCAUCAAUGACAUCCACCUCUUAUGAACAUUUGGGUUCUCCACUUGAGUCAUCUUACAGAAUGAAUACAUCUGCAAUGCAGCGAUAUGCACCUCAACUGGAUGAACUGAACCACACUGGGAUGAAUUCUUUUGGAUCUGGAGAACCCCUAGUUAGGAACCAUGGCAUUUAUGAACCGAGAGGAUCCCAACCAGCAUCCCUCCUUAGCAGCAGUAGCACGAUGUAUGAUCAUAGACCACCGCAACCUGGGUCCUUUGUUGGCAACAAUGGCGUUCAUGAUCCUAGAUAUCGUCUUGAUUCAGUAGAAUUUACUCCUCGUCCUCCCCACCCCUACCCCUACCCCUACCCAUACCCCUACCCCAGUUGCAGAUCAGCUGGUUGGCUCAACGACUAGAUGCUUCAUCGUGCAUCCAUUAACAAUGUGGCUAAUUAUCUGCACUGCCUAGUGAACUGCUGCUUGUACUUUUCUGUCUGUACAAAAUCUGCAUCAUGGUUAGCAGUAGAUAAACUCCGUUUUCUGCAAACUAAUGUCCCGGAAUUCUUUGCGGGAACUUUCCGUUUUGUCCA